AUGAAGCCGUCGGUUGUUUUUGUACUCUUCCUUAUCUUAGGUGCCAUUUCUGCUGAAGUGGACUUGCUCCUGGCCAGGAUUGCCUGUCGAAUGGCCGUAAAUCAAAAUCUCCAGGUCACUUAUGUCUAUCGCUGUGCUAGCUGUGCGGAAUCCUUAGAUCCAGAGCACUCGGCUAUGGAGCUGGAAGUACAGCGUUGUGUGGGAAGUCGCCUUCCAGUAGUAUCGCGAAACAUUGAGGCCUUCGAGCUGGAGCCACUGCGUCAAACAGAUAGCGUGAGCAUCUUCCAUAUACCGAUAGCCGAGAAGGGUGAUUCCCUGGUACGACGCAUCCUAAGUAUGUUGAAUCCCCAUCAACCGCGGAAACACAUGCACAAGUACAUCUUUCUAUGGUCCGAUGCCAGCCAGGAUCAGCUUCUUGAACUAUUUCGUGGCUGCUGGGCCAAACAGAUCCCCUACGCUCUGUGCAUCACCCACCGGAAUAGUGGGAUCUUUGAUUUCGAUCCUUUUUUUGAUGGGGGUCUAAAAGUGGUGCAAAGUGGCGAGAACUUCCGUGAAAAAAUGAGUAACCUAAGGGGCUAUCAACUCCGCUUCUCCAUGUUUCCUGAUCCUCUAAUGGCGAUACCACGGGAUCCGGUGGAGAGUAAGGGCUACAAAGCCACGGAUGGAGUGGCUGCACGGGUAGCUGUCCGUAUGCUAAACGCCUCUGUUACAUAUGUCCAGCCGGCGGAUAACGAAUCUUACGGACGCUGCCUGUCGGAUGGAAAUUUCACAGGCGUGGUACGAGACCUGGUGGCAGGACGCACUCACUUUGGACCUAACUCCCGCUUCGUUCUGGACUGCAUCUGGCCACAUGUCGAAGUAUUGUAUCCGCACACCCGUCGUGUCUUGUACUUGGUUGUCCCGGCGUCCGGAAUUCAGCCAGAGUAUCUAAUUUUCGUGCGGGUCUUUAGGCGUUCGGUCUGGCACCUACUACUGGUCACGCUCCUGGCAGUGGUCGUCAUCUUUUGGCUUAUGCAGCAUUUCCAGAAGCGAGUUCCUCGGCAUGGAGGAAUCACCCACUUCCAGGCCAAGUGGUACGAGAUCAUAGAGAUGUUUGGCCGAACUCAUGUGGGUGAGCCAGUCUUGCGGGCGUCCUCGUUCAGUUCGAUGCGGACCUUUCUCAUGGGCUGGAUCCUCUUCAGCUACGUCCUGACCACCAUCUACUUUGCCAAGCUGGAGAGUGGCUUUGUACGUCCCUACUAUGAGCCCCAACUUGACCAGCUGGACGGCCUCUCCCAAAUGGAUGUACACGUCUAUGCGGUGACCACUAUGUACGAUGCAGUUAGAGCCUCGCUCUCGGAUUACCAUUACGGCCUGCUCUCUAACCGGAGCCGCCAAUUGCCCUUGGGACUGACCACCUCCUACUACCAAUUGUUAGUGGUCCGGCGAGAUAGACGUGCAGCCUUUAUCAUGCGCGACUUCCACGCCCGUGACUUCCUGGCCCGUAACUACAACUCCGAGACGGAACGUCCCAGCUACCACAUCGUCAAGGAGUACCUUCGAUCCAUGCUCUGCACCUACAUCCUACCGCGGGGUUCGCCCUUUUUACAUCGGCUUCAAACUCUUUUCACCGGAUUCCACGAACACGGAUUCUUCGAGCACUGGCGCCAAAUGGACAUGUUAAACCGGGAAGGCACUUCCCCCAAUGGCGAGGAGUUCUAUGAAGACUUGGGCGACCAGACGGACACCGACGCGUCAGCCACCGAUGCAACUAUAAGGCGCAAGAAACGGGUUGUCCUCACCCUUGACAUCCUCCAAGGAGCCUUCUAUCUCUGGUCAGUGGGCAUUGGUUUAAGCUGCCUGGGAUUUGUCCUGGAGCAAGGUCAUUACUUUUGGAGGAAACGGCACGAACAUGUCCAUUAA